ACUCGUGUCCUGCUGCCCGAUCGAUCGCCCGGCAAACCCAUGCUCCUGCCCCCUACUGGCGUCCAAUCCGAGCCGGAUGUGGUGCUCACCUUCUCGGACUACCUCAGCCCCUGGGAUAUGCACCUUUGGACCUCCCGAUUGCCUGUCUCAGAUUCUCCAAUCCCUUCCACCUCCAGCGCAGUUACCACGACCAGUGCCUCUGUCUCCUUCCUCCGAAGCUCAGAGGUUCGGCUUCCUAGUGUCCGCUUGACAGAACUGUUUGGUUCUGGCUGCUAUGUUGCCGAUCAUCCAUCCUUCCUGCUCCCUCUGGUGCGGCGAAUGGAGCAUUUUAUGGACAAGGUAACUCUUCUUUUCCUCCUCCUCCUCCUCCUCAAGUAA